AUGACUCGCUCACUCAUCAGGCUGGCCGUCGUCGCCGGUCUUUUCGCCUCCUUCGGUGCAGUCACUGCUCAUCCUGUCGAGGAGCCUCUGGAGCGAAGGCAAACCAUCGACACGUACGACUACAUCGUAGUCGGAGGCGGUACCAGUGGUAUGGCCCUAGCCGGGCGUCUAUCUGAAAACCAAGGCGUCACAGUCGCAGUGCUCGAAGCCGGUACCGACUACCGUCUCAACCCCGCCAAUCUCGUCGACACCCCUGGCAUGGACACCUUUGGUGUUGGAGCUGAUCCAACUGACUCCAUUACGAAUGGCCUGUACGAUUGGUUCUUCGUGACCGAGGGAGAACCGGGCUACGACAACCGCAAAGUGCACUACGCUCGUGGCAAGUGCAUCGGAGGAUCGUCGGCAAGGAACUUCAUGCUGUACCACCGACCUCCUCGCAACGCCCAGCAGACGUGGGUCGAUCUGACCGGUGAUAGUCAGUGGUCGUUCGACCGCGUCCUGCCCUACUACCAGAAGUCGCUGACAGCGUUUGGUCCCCGACACGAGUUCAGGAAGGACAACCCUCCUGCACAGUACAACCCCGCUGCUUUCCCUGGCACCGGCCCUGUCAGCGUGGGUUUCCCCAACUACGCCCAGCCGUUCUCGGGUCCGCUGCUCAACAGUCUCAACGAAGUAGGCGUCCCCACCUCGACGGACAUGAGCUCCGGAAACAUCUUGGGUGCUCAGUAUUCGACCAUCACCAUCGAAGCGUCCAACGGAAAGAGGGCUACUUCGCGCUCAUUCUACCAACAGGCUCUGGAUGAUAAGCGGACCAACCUCAACGUCAUCUUCGAAGCGCUCGCAAAGAAGGUGGUGUUUGACACUACGGCUAGUAGACCGAAGGCUGUGGCUGUUGAAUACACGCUACCGCUUGGGAUCAAGAAGACAAUCAAGGCAAGGAAGGAGAUCAUCAUCAGUGCAGGUGCUUUCCAGUCUCCUCAGCUGCUCAUGGUUUCCGGUAUCGGUCCAGCGGAUCAGCUCAAGGCGCAGAACAUUCCCGUUUUGGUGCAGAACGAGAAUGUCGGACAGCACAUGCAGGACCACGUGUUCUUCGGACCCACAUACUCUGUCAACGUCGACACGCCGACCAAGGAGGCGAACGAUCCUGUCUUCCUGGCUGCGUCCCUCGCUGCGUUCCAGAUCAACCAGGGCAUCUUUACGAACAACGUGGCUGACCUGAUCGGGUUCGAGAAGUGGAACUCGACCUUCCUGGACUCGAUCCAGGCGAGCCAGGUGAAGAGCAACCCUUCGGACUGGCCCGAGAUCGAGUUCCUCUCCGGACCCGGAUUCAUCGGCGACUUCUCCAACCUCGUCACCAACAACAUCGUGCAAGGCCUCACUCUUCAGCAAUUCGCUUCUCUGCUCGUCGCCAUCGUCGCACCGCUUUCCGAAGGAUCCGUGACGCUCAAGAGUGCCGACACGAGCGAUCUCCCCGCGAUCCGACCCAACUGGCUCUCUUCGCCCGUCGAUCAGAAAGUCGCCAUCGCUGCCUUCAAACGUGCUCGCCAAGUGUUCGCCGCCAACGCCAUGAAGAGCACGCGAACCAAGGCCACCAUCGAGGACUUCCCCGGAUUCGACGUCGCCACCGACGACCAGAUCCUGGCUAGCAUCAGGAAGAACCUGAUGACCGUGUGGCACGCCGCUUCCACCUGCAGGAUGGCCAAGAGUCCGCAGACUGGUGUGCUGGACUCCAACUUCCGCGUGUUCGGCGUGGACGCGUUGAGGGUCGUCGACGCAUCGUCCUUCCCGAGGUUGCUGCCCGGUCAUCCGCAGGCUGUUUGCUACAUGAUCGCUGAGAGGGCUGCGGAUCUUAUUGCCGCUGCUAACAAGUAG